AUGAACUCCGUACUUUUGCUGCAGGUUGCAUACGGUGAGUUGCGCAAAAAUGUCACGGAAUUUGCACUGAGGAUUGCUGAGCAGUGCUGGAAUAUGGAUGAAAUCGACAUGCUGCUAUCGCAAAAAGAAGGCGCAGCGUUGGCCGAUUGCGAACUUCGCUUCCCACGCAUAACACUUGCUCUGCAGGCGCAUAUGAAAUCGUUCCUUGCAUCAAUUGGUGUGCAAACGGCAAUGGAAGGUCAGUGGCACGGAAUGUGGAUGAGUUACGGCAGAACGCCGCUUCAGGAUUUCAGUCGCAAUGUUCGGCACAUUGUGUUCUAUCCAAUUCUCGCAACGCUCCAUGCCUUAAGCGCUGGAAAAAUGGUUAAAACAUUCAAAUAUCCACUUGCAAGGUUAGAAUCAAGACUUUGCGUUUAUCUUGUGCACUGA